CCAUGUUAUUCCAUCUCGUACAACGGCGCCUUCCUUCCCCGACACGUCUGCGGCGCCCGCGACGUGUCAGCGUUGGUUUCGUUGGCGGAGUCGAGCUCGCCGUGCAUAAUGAGCCCCGCUGUGUCCAAAACUCACGCCCACGGGACCGACACCAUCUGCCUUCGGGCACUUCCAGGGGUACUCCCUUCUAUCGCCCGUGCUCGACGUCCUGCAGUUGAGCCGAGACGACGUCAACGUCGACGGUAGACACCGUCGAUGACGCGUCCCGUUUAGGCACCGUCAAUGCGUUCGACAACGUGCAACGCGCAUCACACGUCGCUCGUUCGCUCUGCACCAUCUACGCUGUCUCAAGCGCAACGCCUUCGCGAUUGGGCACGACGACGACGAUGUUAGGCGCCGUCGAUGACGCGUCCCGUUUAGGCGCCCAUCGACGACACCGACGACGCGCGUUGCACGUCGUUCUUCUCGUCCUUCCUGACCAUCAUCACCUUCACUAUCGCAUCGUCGUCCCCUUCGCCCGCUCGCUCUUCUCUUCCUCGUUCGUCCUUCUCUCGGCGCCCUCACUUGGCGAUUUCCCCUCCAUGGUCGCGUCGGUGACUCCUCCCUCAUCGCCUCCUCCCUCAGUGGUCAUCUCGAAGCGCGAUCGGAAUCGCGUUCGACGGAGCGCCUGCCAAUGCAAGAGAGCGCAUCUAGGAAGCUUGGAGAAGGGGGAGGAGGGUGCUUUGGAGGGAUGGUGUGGCCCUCAGGUAGAGUCGUCGGGAUUCGGGACCCGGUACCUUUAG